CAGGCGGGCCGGCAGGCCAGGGCGAGGCGCGCCGAGCGCAUCGCUCGAGGCGGAGGAGGCGCGAUGGCUCCGCAGCGGCGGGCGCUGCCCCGCGGCCCCGACAGCGCCGGGCCGGGGCCGGGCCGCCGCCACAGCAGCGCCAGGAAGGGCAGAUCCCCGCAGGAUCCCCGGGGAAGGUGGCUGAAGGCAGCCAUCCUCCUCCUCCUCCUCUCCGCCGCGGCCGGCGGCGGCCUCGUGGUCUGGAGCCGCCUCCGCAGCCGGGAUGGGAUCCCCGGGGGCCGAAUCCCCGCAGAGGGGAUCACCGAGGUGCUGGCACGUCGCAGCGACCACCUGCAGGAGAAGUUCAUGGAGGUGCCCUGCUCGGAGGACUACGGGAGCCACAAGCGGUUCGCAGGUUGCACUCCUAGGAAGUGUGGAAGAGGUGUGACAGAUGCUGUAAUCACAAGGGAAGAAGCUGAAAGAAUUCGUAGAAUAGCAGAGAGGGGACUGUCCUUGGGAGGAUCUGAUGGAGGGGCAUCAAUUUUGGACUUGCACUCUGGAGCUCUUUCCCUGGGGAAGCAUUUUGUUAAUCUGUACAGGUACUUUGGGGACAAAAUUCAAGACAUCUUCAGAGAAGAGGAUUUUGCAUUAUACCGGGAUGUGAGGCAGAGGAUUCAGCAGAGGAUUGCUCAGGUCUUUGGGAUCAGCUCUUCUGCCAUGUACCUGACCAAGCCAACGUUCUUCUCCAGGAUGAACAGCACAGGAGCCAAGACCACACACGAUGAGUACUGGCACCCACACGUGGACAAGGUGACUUAUGGCUCUUUUGACUACACUUCCCUGCUCUAUCUCUCUGACUACUCCAGAGACUUCGGGGGUGGACGGUUCGUGUUCAUGGAUGCAGAUUCCAACAAGACAGUGGAGCCCCGAGCAGGCCGGGUGUCGUUUUUCACCUCGGGCUCGGAGAACCUGCACCGGGUGGAGAGGGUUCAGUGGGGCACUCGCUUUGCCAUCACCAUCUCCUUCAGCUGCGACCCGCAGCACGGCAUCGGGGACCCGCUCCUGCCCUGACCUCCCUGCAGCUCCUGGAGGGAGAGGAGCCCUGCAGAGGGACAGGAGAAAGGCAGAAAGCAGCCCUUGUAACCUCACGUGCCAUUAGAACUGCCAGCUCUGGGAGCACACGGUCACACACUUUGUUUUCACAGCUCCUUCUCCAUAAACAUUGCAAAUGGUGGCUUAAGGACCAUCCUGAGUCUGAUGCAUUCUGAAAAUGGUUUGUCUUCAUGUGCCAAAGAGGCUGCAAAGAGAGGAUGGACUCCACAAAGAAGAGAAAGUGGACUUUUCAUUUUUCAAUUUUUUUUUUCUAAAAGUUCUUCAGUUUGAAAGAUACAAACAGUCUUUUGGGCCAUGCCUUGAUCUGACUCCCCAGGCUGCUGUUACCUGUUCCAUUCUUUAGUCUCUUCAGUUGCUAAUGUGGUGUAGAAAGUCUGACCUCAGUGAAUUGAGCCUCAGUUAAUUGAGACCCGAGUUAAUUGAAUAUUACUUUCUAGAGCACACCUUCUCUUGAGAGGGAUGGAUUCUCUGAAUGUGGGAUCAGUGGGGAAUACACCUGGGACUCCAACUUUUUUUUUUUUAAAUUUAAUUACUACUGAUUCAAUAUUCAGGAAGUCUCUCAAUAGCUAUUUUUUGAUUUCUCUUUUCCAGUUUAGUAUGAAGACUUUUUCUGUUAAUGAGGACCCUGAAUAUUAAAUUGCAAGGACUUCCAAGAGGACCUGUGUGCAAACACAUGCAUAAUCUUGUCAAAUACUUUAAGGUUUUUACUGCAGUCAAAGAUUUCUGUGGGUCAGGAGGUUGAUAAAUGAUAGAAAAACCUAAUUUUUUUUUCUCAAUCAAAUUCUGAAAUAACCAUGUUGAUCUGGUUUAUUACCUGGAUGUAUAAUUUCUGUGAAAUACUGAAAAUCUGGGAAUGUGCUUUGAUUUUUUUUUUUUUUUUAAUUUUAUGCAUACAGUUUGGUCCUUACAAUGUAUCCUUUUAUGGCAACAAAAAGUACUGGGGGGAAUUACACUGAAGAUCAGUAUAAAGAGGAAUAAGAGGACACUUGAACUUGUGAGGGCUCUCAUUGGGCACAUCAGCAAGAUUAGUCCUCUGUAAUUUCAUUUCUUUGUUCUGAAACCUGAAAAAGUCUUCCUUGGCUGUACUAACAAGGGAGAAUUGUUAAAAUAAUUAAAGUCAUUUGAGUUUCAUAUUUAAA